AUGGUCGGCAAGGACUGCGUGGCCAUCGCGUGCGACCUGCGACUGGGCAUGCAAGCCCUGACCGUGUCCAACAACUUCCCCAAGAUCUUCUCGUACGGCGACGUGCACCUCGGCCUCACGGGCCUCGCCACGGACGUGUCGACGGUGGCCGAUCUGUUCCGCUACAAGGUCAACAUGUACCGCCUGCGCGAGGAGCGCAACAUCAGCCCGCAAACCAUGGCCAACCUGGUCUCGUCGUCGCUGUACGAGCGCCGCUUCGGCCCCUACUUCGUCAGCCCCGUCAUCGCCGGCAUCAACCAGACCACGGGCAAGCCCUUCAUCUGCGGCUUCGACAGCAUCGGCUGCAUCGACUUCGCAAAGGACUUCAUCGUCGCCGGCACCGCCAGCGACCAGCUCUUCGGCACCUGCGAGGGCCUGUGGGAGCCCGAUCUGGGUCCCGAGGACCUCUUCGAGACCAUCUCGCAAGCGCUGCUCAACGCCGUCGACAGAGACGCGUUAUCCGGCUGGGGCGCCCACGUCUACAUCAUCGAGAAGGACAAGGUGACCAAGAGGCUGCUGAAGGGCAGACAAGACUGA